AUGAGAAAAAACCCUCAAAACACACACAGCCUGACAAAGAGACUCCUGCACAUCUUUCCCCGUUGCAGUUUCCCCAAGAGAACACAUCCCUCCGCGGAUCGGAAUUCCCAGCCAAUUUCCGAGGCUCUUCUGGCGCAAGUUGACCGGGAAACAAAGAACUUGCAGCUUCUAGAGAUUGCGUCCGGAUCGGGACAACAUGCUGGAUACUUGGCACCGCUGCUGCCCAACAUCUCCUUCCAGCCGACGGAGUACGAGAGGCAGCAGCUGGAAUCCAUUUCCGCCUACGCAAAGGAUUGCCCCACCGGAAACAUUCGAGAACCCUUUUGUGUGGACAUCACUCAGGAACCCAGAGAUUGGGAGGUGCCCCCGACACCGGCCAGCUUUGAUUACAUGUUCAACUCCAACAUGAUGCACAUCAGUCCUUGGUCGUGUUCCACCGGACUCUUUAGGGCUGCCGGGCAGCUGCUGAAGAAAGGUGGCAGAAUGUUCACCUACGGACCCUAUGCCCUGGACGGCGUCCUCACGCCGCAGAGCAACGUAGAUUUCGACAAGAGUCUUCGCAGCAGAGAUGCCUCCUGGGGUGUUCGCGACAUCAAAGACCUGAAGACGGUGGCACUGGAAAAUGGCCUGCAGCUGGAGAAGUUGGUGGAGAUGCCCUCCAACAACAAGUUUCUGACCUGGCUUAAGCUGUAAAAUAGUGCACUAGAAUA